CACCUCACAGCCUGCCGGAGGCCAGCAACUUCCACCCCAGACAUGGGGUCCUUAGGUCAAUGUCAGCCUCAAGACUCCCUAGAGCUUGAGUUGGUCUGAAAGCUACCUUCAAGCCUCUUAGCAACCAUCUUUUUCCUUCAAGGUGACGGAGACGUUGUAAAUAAUAUGUAUGAGCCCGACCCGGACCUGCUGGCCAGCCAGAGUGCUGAGGAAGAGACUGAGGACAGCAUCCUGUCCCCCAUCCCCAUGGGGCCACCGUCCCCCUUCCCCACCAGUGAGGACUUCACCCCCAAGGAAGGCUCGCCCUAUGAGGCCCCUGUCUACAUUCCUGAAGACAUUCCUGUCCCGCCAGACUUGGAGCUGCGCGAGUCCUCCAUCCCUGGGGCGGGCCUGGGGAUCUGGGCCAAGCGGAAGAUGGAAGUUGGGGAGAGGUUCGGCCCCUACGUGCUGGCGCCCCGGGCCGUGCUGAAGGAGGCCAACUUCGGAUGGGAGCCCAUGCUGAUGGCCAUGGAGGUGUCCUCCCGGGAAGGCUGCAGCAAGAAGAUCUCCGAGGACUUGGGCAGCGAGAAGUUCUGUGUGGAUGCCACCCAGGCGGGGGCUGGUAGCUGGCUGAAAUACAUCCGAGUGGCAUGCUCCUGUGAUGACCAAAACCUCACCAUGUGCCAGAUCAACGAGCAGAUUUACUACAAAGUCAUUAAGGACAUUGAGCCAGGGGAGGAGCUGCUGGUGCACGUGAAGGAAGGCGCCUACUCCCUGCGCGCAGUACCACCCAGCCUGGAUGAGGAGCCCACGUUCCGCUGUGAGGAGUGCGACGAGCUCUUCCAGUGCAAGCUGGACCUGAGGCAUCACAAGAAGUACGCCUGUGGCUCAGCGGGGGCCGUGCUGUACGAGAGCCUGGGGGACGAGCUCAAGCCCGAGGGCCUCGGCGGGGGCAGCGAUGGGCAGGCCCAUGAGUGCAAGGACUGCGAGCGAAUGUUCCCCAACAAGUACAGCUUGGAGCAGCACAUGAUCGUCCACACGGAGGAGCGGGAGUACAAGUGUGACCAGUGUCCCAAGGCCUUCAACUGGAAAUCCAACCUCAUCCGUCACCAGAUGUCCCACGACAGCGGCAAGCGCUUCGAAUGUGAAAACUGCGUGAAGGUGUUCACGGACCCCAGCAACCUACAGCGGCACAUCCGCUCACAGCACGUCGGCGCUCGGGCCCACGCCUGCCCCGACUGCGGCAAGACCUUCGCCACAUCCUCUGGCCUCAAGCAGCACAAGCACAUCCACAGCACGGUCAAGCCUUUCAUAUGUGAGGUCUGCCACAAGUCCUACACGCAGUUCUCCAACCUGUGCCGGCACAAGCGGAUGCAUGCUGACUGCCGCACCCAGAUCAAGUGCAAGGACUGCGGACAGAUGUUCAGCACUACCUCGUCGCUCAACAAGCACCGGCGCUUCUGCGAGGGCAAGAACCAUUACACGCCAGGCGGCCUCUUCACCCCGGGCCUGCCCUUGACUCCCAGCCCCAUGAUGGACAAAGCCAAGCCCUCCCCCGGCCUCAGCCACGCCAGCCUGGGCUUUAGCGAGUACUUCCCGGCCCGGCCACAGCCCGGUAGCCUGCCUUUCUCCGCUGCCCCGCCAGCCUUCCCUGCACUCACCCCCGGUUUCCCUGGCAUCUUCCCUCCGUCCCUGUACCCCCGGCCGCCUCUGCUACCUCCCACGCCACUGCUCAAGAGCCCCCUGAACCACACCCAGGACGCCAAGCUGCCCAGCCCCCUAGGCAACCCGGCCCUGCCCCUCCUGUCCGCGGUCAGCAACAGCAGCCAGGGUGGCACAGCAGCCACGGGGCUGGAGGAGAAGUUCGAGAGCCGCCUGGAGGACAUGUUCGCAGACCAGGUCAAGGCCCGGAGCCCUGACAUGUCCGACGGCAGUGACUUCGAGGACAUCAACACCACCACAGGCACCGACCUCGACACCACCACGGGGACGGGCUCCGACCUGGACAGCGACAUGGACAGCGACCGUGACAAGGGCAAGGACAAGGGCAAGCCAGCCGAGGGCAAGCCCGAGUUCGGGGCUGGCUCCACGCACCCUGGGGCUGCCAGCGGUGCAGCGGAGGUGCCGGUCUUCUACUCCCAGCACUCCUUCUUCCCGCCGCCCGAGGGGCAGCUGCUGGCCGCCCCAGGUACCCCUGGAGACUCCAUCAAGGCCAUUGCAUCCAUCGCCGAGAAGUACUUCGGGCCUGGUUUUGUGGGCGUUCAGGAGAAGAAGCUGGGCUCGAUGCCCUACCACUCCGUCUUCCCCUUCCAGCUCCUGCCGCACUUCCCACACUCCCUCUAUUCCUUCACGGACCGUGCCCUUGCCCACAACCUGCUGGUCAAGGCUGAGCCCAAGUCCCCACGGGACGCCCUCAAGGCGGGUGGCCCCAGCGCCGAGUGUCCCUUCGACCUCACCACCAAGCCCAAAGAGGCGACGCCCAUCUUGCCGGUGCCCAAGGUGCCCUCCGGCCCUGUGUCUGGUGAGGAGCAGCCACUGGACCUGAGCAUUGGCAGCCGGGCCCGCGCCAGUCAGAAUGGCGGCGGUCGGGAGCCCCGCAAGAACCACGUGUAUGGCGAGCGGAAGCCAGGGCCUGGCGAGGCACUGCCCAAGGUGUGCCAGGCGCAGCUGCCGCAGCAGCCGUCCCUGCACUAUGCCAAGCCCUCGCCCUUCUUCAUGGAUCCCAUCUACAGCAGGGUAGAAAAGCGGAAGGUGACAGACCCGGUGGGCGUCCUGAAGGAGAAGUACCUACGGCCAUCCCCACUGCUCUUCCACCCUCAGCAGAUGUCAGCCAUCGAGACCAUGACAGAGAAGCUGGAAAGCUUCGCAGCCAUGAAAGCUGACUCGGGUGGCUCCCUGCAGCCCCUGCCCCACCACCCCUUCAGCUUCCGGUCUCCACCCUCGACGCUCUCAGACCCCAUCCUCAGGAAGGGCAAGGAGCGGUACACAUGCAGGUACUGUGGCAAGAUCUUCCCCAGAUCGGCAAACCUCACCAGACACCUGAGGACGCACACCGGGGAGCAGCCAUACAGGUGCAAAUACUGCGACCGCUCCUUCAGCAUCUCCUCCAACCUGCAGCGGCAUGUGCGCAACAUCCACAACAAGGAGAAGCCCUUCAAGUGCCACCUGUGCAACCGCUGCUUCGGCCAGCAGACCAACCUGGACCGGCACCUCAAGAAGCACGAACACGAGGGCGCACCAGUGGGCCAGCACGCUGGGGUCCUCGCCAACCACCUGGGCACCAGCGCCUCCUCCCCCACCUCCGAGUCAGACAACCACGCACUUUUAGAUGAGAAGGAAGACUCCUAUUUCUCUGAGAUCAGAAACUUCAUCGCCAACAGCGAGAUAAACCAGGCAUCAACGCGGACAGACAAACGGCCAGAGAUCCAGGAGCUGGACGGCGACCCCCAGUGUCCGGGCCUGGCCAGCGAGAAGCCAGAGGAUGUGGAGGAGGAGGAGGAGGAGGACCUGGAGGAGGAUGAGGAGGACAGCCUGGCAGGGAAGUCCCAGGAUGAGGCGGUGUCCCCUGUCCCCGAGCCCCAGGGCGUCUAUGAAGAUGAAGAGGAUGAGGAGCCACCCACCACCCUGGCCGUGGGCUUCGACCACACCCGAAGGUGUGUUGAGGAGCAAGAAGGCGGUCUGUUAGCCUUGGAGCCCACGCCGACCUUUGGGAAGGGGCUGGACCUCCGCAGAGCAGCUGAGGAAGCAUUUGAAGUUAAAGAUGUGCUUAAUUCCACCUUAGAUUCUGAGGCUUUAAAACAGACCCUGUACAGGCAGGCUAAGAACCAGGCAUAUGCAAUGAUGCUGUCCCUCUCUGAGGACACGCCCCUCCACGCCCCCGCCCAGAGCUCGCUGGGCGCUUGGCUGAACAUAACAGGAGCCACGUCAGAGUCUGGAGCCUUCAACCCCAUCAACCACCUCUGAGGGGCUGGGCCCAGAGGCCAGAGCCAGAGCAUCUGCCGCGGGGCAGAGGGAGGCCGCGGCACCCCAUCCUCCAUGGCCCGGCACCGACUUCCCCUGUGAAAACUGAAAAUCCAGCAGCCCCUAAGCAGUGGCUGAGCUCCCCUGUCUUCAAGGGCCAGUCGCGAGGACACCGUUCCAUGAAGACCCCGUCAUGGGGGCUGCCUGGAGGACCCACGCCCGGCGAGCAUGACAUCUCAGUCCACACCGGCCACCUCCGGGCACCUGCACGGCUGGAGGAGGGACAGAGGACGUGGAUGUGCGCUGGGGACGGAUAUCUCUCUUGCCAGCGCUUUUCAUAAUGAAAGUGACAGGAAUAACCCUUUUGGUAAUUGUAUUGACUACAGAGUCUAUUUAAGCAUGUGGGUUUUAAAAAUAGACAGUAUUUUUUAAAAAUCAAAAAAAUGACUUGCAAAUUGUUUUUUAAAAGUAAUUUUGCAUUGCUUUGAAAUUUCAGCUUAUUUGCAAAUCCAAACCUGCCUGGGCGGCCACACCAGGCUCGGGCGUGUCCUUUAUACUGUAGAUAAUGGAGAAUUUUCUAUUUCUGAUCCUAUUUGUACAAGCCAAGGUGAUUCUGGGUGCCCUGGAACCGAAUGAGGGCCAUGGAGCUGCUCUAUGGAACAGCGGGUGGACUCUGCCAGGAACUUUUAGGCGCCCCCGUGUGGCCUGCGGAGGGACCCACAGGCCCCACCCAAGACCCCCAGUUCUAUGGAGACCUUAGGAGUUGGGGGCCUCGGAUCCUCCAUGCAGAAGUGUGGCCAGGUGCCUGGUGGCCCUUCCAGUCCCAUCUGUACCCCAGCCGUCCCCAGGCUGGGCCUGGCCUCUGCUCUCCUGAGGGCAGAACUGGAGGGCCACUGUCUGGCCUCCAGCCUCCCACCCGCAGCGGACCCCUGGCCACUGGGAGCCCUCCCCGCAGCCACUCGGCUCCAGGAUGCCAAGCGCUACUGUGCCUAAAACUCCGGAUCAACCACGCGGCCACUGCCUCCGCUCUCUGUGCAGGUUCUUGGCAGGCCAAAGUCGAGGACGGAAGGGUCCUGGGACCUGGUGCAGAGGGCGGAGAGGACACAGCCCUAGGGAUUCCUGCUUUCUCCCUCUGGAUGUGUCUGCUUCUCCUUUUGGAUGGGCUUUAAAUUAUCCCCAUAGGGGCCAACUUCAAAUAAUAAUUUCUUUUCCCUGUUGGAAUUUACCUUAAUCUGUAUAUAACUUGUAAUUUUUCUAAUUCAUUUCUUUCUUAUUUUAUUUCUUCCUUAACAGUAUUUUUGGCAUUAGACAUUCUUAUUGUGAAGAAAUAAUGUUAAUAUAAGUAUCUAGUGAAGGACCAAAACCAUGUGAUAAGGUGUGUUGUGUGAGCAUAACCAGGGAGUGGGGCGGUUUUUAAUGUGCCAAAUACCCCCGCGUGUCCCCACGAGUCCUGCUGUCACCGCUGCCCACUUAUCAGACAAUCAUAUUUUUUUGUUAAAUUUGAGUUUCAGUCGCAUUUGCAUUUAAGACAGGUAUUCUAUUUAUUUUAUUGUUUGGAAAAGAAAAGAAAUGAGUGUCCCAAGAAGAAGAGAAGAAAAAGAUCGCCUGAGUUGCCCUUUAAGAAAGAAGAGCAGAAAUGCAAAGUACAUGAAGCAAGCCACGUUUGUGUGGGUUUGGGUCACGCUGUGGACAUCCGUCGACGCGUGUCCGAGGGGCAACAGGGCGUGUCCGAGAGGACUUGUCCCAUGCAUGUCCCAGGCACUCUGGGCCACAGACAGUCUACUGCGUUGGCGCCGGGCUGCACCAGCUGGCCCUGGAGGCUCGAGAUGGGUUUGCCAUGGACCACACAGACCCAAAGAUCAUGGGGAUUUUGCUAAAUCCAAGCAGCGUGGCAAGAUGGAGAGUCACCUGUGCGUGCGCAGACUGGAAAGGCCCACAGAGCAGCUGGCUGCUGCGCUCCAUCGGGAUUUCUGAGCACGAGCUCAUCCAGGCCUGCCAGGUACCGGCAUAGGAAUUUGCAAUUUCCUCUUAACCUAGAUGGGAUCCCUGUAAAACUCCAGCCUCACAUACAAACACCCCAUUUCUGUAAACCCAAAUUAUAUAAUUUCUUCUGCGAAAGAAUACGGUGUGUGCUCUUUUUUGCGAUGUGACUCUGCAAGUGGGAAGUGCGGCUGGAUGGAGACCGCGCUGCGCCUCGAGGGGCUUUCCCUCUGAGCCCCAUCCAGGCGGUCCUCCAGGCUUCUCUCCCCGCGCUGUCUUCUCUACCAUCCUCCUUCCCCUCCCCCAGGAGCCCUGGUUGGACCUUUAAGUCCUGUGUUUUUGUCCCCCCAGGAGUGGUGACAGCAAGCCCAGCUUCUCCUGAACACUCAGCCCGCAGGCCCCAGCACUAGCAACUUUGGGAGGCUCUGACCUUGAAUCCCUGACAGACAGAGCACUUGUCUCCCACACUGGGACAGCCCAGAAACGGGGCUCCACGCUUGGCCCCAGAUCCAGCCAGCUCCAACCCAUGCUCUUCCCUGCCCUAGUGGCAGCACCAGCCCAGAUAUGCUGGCCCACUCUGGCCCAGUGUCCUCAGUACCAGGAGACCAGCGAGGACCAGGGGCCAGGCCUGGUAUUAGCAUCCUGAGAUCCUGGCCUCUGAGCAGCAGGCAGUCACCUCACUGGUAGUAUGGACAGAGGUGGGACCAGACAGCUGGGCUGCUGACCACUCCCUGAGAAUGUGGUCAGGGUGGAGCAGGGAUGCCAUGGGGCGGGGUGCCUAGACCGCUGCCCUGACCCCAACUCCUUUGGACAACCAGCCUCAGCCCCAGGCAGAAAUUCAGGCUCCCAGCACCUCCCCUCCACCAUCCUCCAGCCCCGGCCCCCGGUGCCCUGUUGCCGCUGUCCUCCCUGGACAUUUGGGUAGGACACACGGCACCCCGCAGGUCCCGGUGCACAGCCCGGGGGGUGUGGCAAUAGACGGGCAGGUGGGCAGGGCCUGCUUCCCGAGACCCAGAGUGUAGCUGGUUGGUCAGGCACUGACGGACCCAAGCCAAGCACCUCAGGUCCAGCCCUGCAGACUCAGGGACGUGGCUUCCUCUGCCUGCAGCUCCUGGAGUGAUCCCAAAGCUCUUGCUAAUACAUACCACGUGUUCUAGAUGCAGAGCCACAAAGCACUGGAUUGCGGCCCCACCCCUGUCCCCUGCCCAAGCGACUGAAACCUACUGAGCUGUAUUCACUGUGCUGUUCUGGGAGGGGAGAGGAGGACUUGCCCCGCACUGCUGCCAGGUGGGGGACAGGGAGCCCUUGCUGGGACUCUGGGACACAGCUGCUUAAGGCUCUCAGAGCCAGCCGGGUACCAGAAGCCAUGAAACUGUGUCUGUAGCAUCGAAUGAUACUGUGAUGAAGACCUUCUUGCAUUUUUCCGAGAAAAGCUCCUUUUUCCAUUCCAUUCUCUGUUUGUUUGUUUCCUCCUUUUCUGUCACUGGUCCAAAUUACCACUUGUGGGGGGGGGGAAUACAAUAAAUAAAGGCAGCUCGCGUUUCACACGUACAGUUCAGUCGGGAGCAGAGGUUGCUCUGCGCGUCCCCUGCGCGCCUCUCGCCCUUGCAGGUCUCCUCAGAGCGCGUGUGAUUGAGAGUGUGUGUGCGCGUACGUCCGCUCGGUAGUACACGUGUGUACGCAGGACCCAACCUGCCUGGCCAUCGCCAUUGCAUUCGAAUUUGGUUUAGUUCCUGUUUCGUUUCUUUUAGAACUGUAUAGGGCUGAAAGAGAAAUCAAAUGUAAAUGUCUGGUUUUCACAUAUUGUUUAAAAAACAAAACAAACAAACAAAAAAGAACACUGAGGAGGAGGUGGGUGCCGACCCCGCCCCUGUUACUGUAAAUCGCUCGUUGUGUUUAUGAGUGAACUGUGCAUGGCUCGUGUUUCGCGGUCAUUAUGGUGUCUGUUCGUGAAAUUUUUAUGACAAGGAAAAUUCCGUAGACGCACUUACUGAAUAUGUGAUUAGGGUCAGUGGCAAGACGAGAGCCCCGAACGGAAGCCCACGCCGAGGGCCUGUUCCUAACUGAUCAGAAACGGCUGUGGGAGAAGGAGAGAGACAGACGUGUAGGAAGUAAUCAAAAGAGCGAUUCUGCAAAAUUCAUUUUGAUGCUUGUGAUAAAGACAGAUGUACUUGUGUAGAGAAAUCCCUUUACGAACAAGCCUAGGAGAUGCUGAUUUGGAGGCUAAUGCUGUAGAAUAGGACUGUAUACCAAAUGUAAUCUUUCCGAUGCUACAAUGAAUUUAUA